UUCUCCCUCAUUCUGUUAGUGACACAGCCUAUAGCAGGCUACCAGAGUACCAGGGAAAGUUAACUACACACAAGGGUUACUCAAAAUGGACAAAAUACCAUUUACUUUUCCCUGUCUCAUUGUCCUUUUGGGUCUUGUCAUGACUUCUACCACCACAGCCCAGACACAGCCAGUCAAUCCCACUGUACCCCAGCCCACCUCAGCCUCCAACCCAGCCAUCGACACAGCCACUCCAGGAGACAACACCACUCCAGGAGACAACACCACUGCUGUAGACAACUAUGAUUUACCAUUUUCCACCAUAACCCCAAGCUCAGGCGUUCCUGAUCUAACUUUUGAUAACAUCCCUAUAAUCAAUUCCACCGGGAGGCCUAACGCCACGGAAACCACAACACUGAAGACCAGUCCAGAUGGAUCUCCAGGCGUCUCUACGAAAAAGCCCCCAGCAGAGGCCAGCAGCACAGCUGCUAGCACUUCUGCUACUAGCACCACCAAGGAUACAAGUUUGGCGGGAACUACUCAACAAAAAACCCCUGCGGGAAAAACGUCCAACCGCAUUGGAUUGAUCAUCCUGUUUGUGAUCAUCGUCACUGCCUUUGUGCUCGGAGCAGCAUGCUUAUUGACAAAGAAGAGGUCAAGGAGGUACUCCGUAGAUCUCCGAGACAGGCAUGAGGAUCUGCCUCUGAGUACUGCGGAACAUGACGCCGUGUUUGACAACUCCUCAACACAGAAGGGGAUGGACACCUUUACCGCCGUGGGUCUCAACAGCACCGAGGUCCUGGUUAAGGGAAGUGAGGGAGGAAGAGCAGAUAGUGAGAAAAGCUCUGACCACCCUCCACCUGCCAGCCCUGUGGACAAACCUGAUGCUGUGGCCCCUGGAGAUGUGGCCGCUGGGGCCCCUGGAGUUGUGGCCGCUGGGGCCCCUGGAGUUGUGGCCGCUGGGGCCCCUGGAGUUGUGGCCCCUGAGGCCCCAGUGGGGGAGACUGACGACGAGAACACUGUCUCCAACAAGACCUCAGUGGAGUCAGUGGAGGCCAACGAGAACAAGAACAACAACAACACCAUCACCACAGCCAGGAUCGCUACAACAACACCAAGAGGAUGGGCCAUUACCAGCAGCUUCUCUGAGGUUCCUCUGGACAACCCAGCCUAAAAGAGAUCCUCCUUUAUCUGCAGCCCCUUCACAACCACGACUGAAGAAAAAAACGUGAAGUAAAAGGUAAAAUCAUCGGAAACGCCUGAAAACAAAAGUAUUUCAUUCAAUUCAUAUUAUAUAGGCUAGCUGAUUAAGUUGAUGUUUUCUCUGUCUAUAAACCAUUUGUUAACUAUCGUUGUCUUUUAAAUCUCAGGAUAACCUAUGGAUAUGCUAAGUUAACUUUCACAAAUGCUAUCUUUAUAUUCUGGUACUUACAUUUUAUUAUACUGUAUUUUUGUCAUCAUAGCCUUAGGAGUGAAUAGGCCUAAUUUUGAUUAAUUCAUCUUGUGUGUAUAUAGUUUAGAUAGGUAUUAUGUCUUUAAGGAAGAGUAGCUGUCAGGAUGUAUUCAUGUUGUUAUUCUGAUUUACUUAGGAUUUAUUCCAUGGCAUUGUUGAAUACUCAUUUCUGAUUGGCUUGAAGGGCAUUCUAGAGCGUGCAUUAUAUAUUUAUAUGAAGUCAUACGAGAUAUGAGGUCAUGUAUGAACUUUCAAUUGUUAAUAUCUCUGUUUCCAAGAUAAUUUUUUUGGGGAGAUCAGUUUCAAAUCUUUAUGCAGAUUCUUCACAUUCCCCCUCACCCUCAAUCUAUAUUGUCAAUUCAUUUGUCAUUUUGAAAAACCGGCAAAACUUCCAUCGUCAUGUUCUGUACAUUUUGAUUACAUCCUUUUUGGCUCUUUUGAUGUCAGUCGCUAGAUAAAUGUAGUGAAUGUGUCACAAUAUUUCUGUUAUUGGGCCAUCAAAGUCCUACUCAGCUUGAAGCGAGUGUUUUAUUAAUAUUCUACCCCUCAUGUGAGCUGGGCCAACGUUGCAGAUAGAAAUGUCAUGAUUAGAGCUGAAGUUAUUCCUGAUUCCGCAUGUCAGAGAGGCAUGCUUGUUCUGCACAAUAUACUUCUAUCUGAAUGUUGUGCCCUGCUGAAAGCAGCGCUGGUCCCCACCUCCAGUAAACUGGACCCUGCGAGGCCACCUGUUAUUACCCUCAUGAAUUAGAAACCAGGCUAUCGAGCCAAUCCACUGCAUCUCCAUCCAAGAAUAAAUCCUAAAAGGCUUAUGGGUGGAUUGCUGUGGAUAAUGCUAAUGCUAAUAAUAGCAGAUAUGCUAUAAUUUACAUCCAGUAAAACAGGACAAAUAAAAGGAAAGGUCCGCCAGGGCUAGAUACCGUGAUAUAGCCUAGCUAUGACGACUGGAAAAGAAACAGCUGGGAGAGGUGGGAUACAAACUGUUUCCUUUACAGGAUAGUUGAUCCUCUUUCUACACACUCAUUCACAAACAUCCCAAUGUAGUGUUUCAUAUUAUACCUCCUUUUUUUCAUGCAUCAAGUCUCAAAUCUUGACCCAAAGAAAACAUGUAAAAAGCAAAGUAGUCUAGAAGAUGUUUCCAUAAAUAAUUCCUUUAAUGCUCUGUGUAGAAUACCUGUUUCUCAUGUUUGUACAUUUAAAUAAAUCUAUCAAAAACA